UAGCUUGAGUCAGUGGUCGAUGGCAUAUCCAUGUGUCCAAGAUGGCGUCGCUCGUUGACAACUACGAGCAGCAGUACGCCGUUCUGACAGCUGACAUCACUGCGAAGAUUGGCCGGAUUAGGGUCCAGAGUGGAGGUGAGAAAAGAGCCUUCGUCCAGGAUGUGGACCGGCAAAUCGAGGAGGCACAGGAGCUGCUGGAGCAAAUGGAGUUGGAGGUUCGUGGGAUGAACGGAACAGCACGCGACCGUCUACGUGGUCGCGUAGAGAGUCACAGAGCGGAACUGAAACGCUUAACGCAAGAAUUUCAAAUUGCAAAGAAACCAAAGGAGGAUGUUACAGAAAUCACAGUAGAGGAAUCUUGGGACAAUAACGUAACAGAAGACCAGAGGAAAAGACUAUUGGAUGCUUCUGAAAGAAUAGAACGUUCAGGACGGACGUUACAGAAUGGUUAUCGUAUGGCAUUGGAGACUGAGGAGAUUGGUUCUCAUGUGCUGAAGGAGCUUCACGAACAGCGAGAGACAAUACAACGGAGCAGAGGAAGAUUACGCGAAACAGAUGCAGAGUUGGGGCGAGGGUCUCGGUUAUUAUCAGGAAUGAUCUUUCGGAGCCUUCAACAGAGAAUUAUUUUGGCAGGAGUAGCGUUAGUGCUUAUAAUCGUUGCGUGCAUUGUGAUAUACUAUAGUUUUAAGAGUUAAAGAGAACAGACAUUUUUUUCUUCGGCCAGAUCCACCAGAUGUGGUUUGGAAGUUGUAUUUAUUAUCAGAGACUUCAAAAUGUUAUUUCUAUCAAAUUGCGAGGUAAUCCUGUAUUAUAUCGUCUAUCCAACUUUCUUGUACUUGUUUGUCACAUUUUGCCUUAGGACAUCAGUCUUUGCUACACGUUUAUUCUUUUAUUAAUCUGACAAACAUCAGACGACUGAAUCAUGAUCUCUUAUACAAAGUCAGUACCUCGAGCAAAACUAGCAAAAUGUCAUCAAACAAGAACAAAAGACCCCGUUUAAUUGUUAUAUAAAGUCUUGUAUAAAAAAAUAUUGACCCAUCCCCGUAAGGUAAAUUAUAAAACGAUUUUACGAUUCUCCUCCAAGCUAACUUUGCGCGUCAAAGUUAAUUAACUAAAAUCAUAUUGAAGCAGUGAAUGAUUAUCACAAAUGCAUUAUCUUCAAGUACUUUGGAAAGGAUCGUAAAACCGUUUGAAUUUGUUAUCCGAGAAUCUUGAUCAGCGGUUAACAGCGUUCAAGUUUCUAAAGAUAUUCCGAACCACAAAAUAUAUUCAACAAGAAAUGUAUUUAUUAAGUAAUAUUCAAAGUUUUCGACGUUGCGUGCGCCGAUUAUCGGGCACACGCAUCGAAAUAUUACCUCUUCAGGAUAAUAUUUGAGGAAAUAUUAUCUGUUCAAGUUAACAACUACGUACUAAUUGUUGUAAUUUUGACCUGAGCCGUAAUCGGGUGAGUUCACUGCGACUCUACCAGUUAAAAAUGCAUUCUAUAAUUCGCCUCUUACAUGAAAAUAACAGUCACUGUGUACAUUAUUGAAGUAUGCGUGGGUAAGGAUUGAAUUGUAAAUACAUCCAUUAUCGAAAAUAUCCAAGGACGCUUGUAAUUGAGAGAAAGAGAAA